ACCGCGCGGGGCUGGCGGCUCGGGGUGUGCCCCAUCCCUGUCCCCAUCCCCAUCCCUGUCCCCGUUCCCGUCCCCAGCCCCCCGCCCCCGCUGCGGCGCGCCGCGCUCCCGCUCACUUGACCCGAGCCCUGGAAGCGUUUGCUACUUUUGCCGGGAUUUGGUGCUUCGGUGAGAAGGAGCUCUCCGGGCGCCCGUAAAUCAACUCAUGCGGAAAAAGGAGAAAAGUUUUGGUAUACAAAUGCUCUCAGUCCAGCCAGACACCAAGCCGAAAGGUUGUGCUGGCUGCAACCGUAAGAUUAAAGACCGAUAUCUUCUAAAGGCCCUGGACAAAUAUUGGCAUGAGGACUGCCUGAAGUGUGCCUGCUGUGACUGUCGCCUGGGGGAGGUGGGCUCUACCUUGUACACCAAAGCCAACCUGAUCCUGUGCCGCAGAGACUAUCUGAGGUUAUUUGGCGUUACAGGAAACUGUGCUGCCUGCAGUAAGCUCAUCCCUGCUUUUGAGAUGGUGAUGAGAGCAAAGGACAAUGUUUAUCACCUGGACUGUUUUGCAUGUCAGCUUUGUAACCAGAGAUUUUGUGUGGGAGACAAAUUUUUCCUGAAGAACAACAUGAUUCUGUGCCAGACAGACUAUGAGGAGGGUUUAAUGAAAGAAGGUUAUGCACCCCAGGUUCGCUGAUCGGAUGCCACAUCAUUAAGAAUAAAAAGCACUAUGUUCUUUUAUCUUUUUUGCUCCACAUGUAUAUAAGAAAUGACACAGGAACCUACUGAAUAGCAUAGAUAUAGGGAGACAGAAUGGUUGAGUGAAAUAAAAGGCGGACUGCAUCUGUAUGUAGUGAAAAUUGCUCCAGUUCAGAGUUGAAUGUUAAUUACAAAGGUACUGUAUAUAAAGCUGGAUUCUUUUUGCUUGCUCUUGGGAUUUUCAGUUCGUUUGGGUUUUUUUGUUUCUUUUUGUGUCAUUUGGCAUGAGAUGUUUAUUUUGGACUAUUGUACAUAAUGUAUUGUAAUAUUUGAAGCACAAAUGUAAUACAGUUUUAUUGUGUUACCAUUUGUGUUCCUGUUUGCUUCUUUGUAUUGUUGCAUUUAGUACAAUCAGUGUCUAAACUUACUGUAUAUUUAUGCUUUCUGUAUCUACCAGCUAUUUUAAAUGAGCUGUAUCUUUCUAGUAAAAAGCAUUAAAGAGCAAAUCCCAACCAUUAUGCUACACUUAGAGCUUAAGAAUACUGUUUACAUUAAAACUAUUUAGGAAACUAAUAACUAGCAGCACCUGCUGCUAAUGAUGCUAUGGUUAAGGGUCUAUCAGCACUUCUCUUAUAAGCCUCUAUUUUUCAGGGGUUAAGCAUCUGCUGUUUAAUUGCAUGAAUUUUCCUCAAAGAGCACUUUUAUUUUACUACAAAAUUUUGAAAAGCAAAUCUGACUGGUUUGAGAUAUAUUAUAAAAGGUGCAAAAGUUAAUGCUUUUGGGUGCUGCUUUUGUGCCCCUUAGGCAUUCCAAAUGCCUGGAUUUGAUUUUUAAUUUAGCUGGAAAUUAAGCCCUAAUGCAAACCAGUGCCUCUGGGUAUCUUAUUUUAUAUAUAUAUAUAUAUAUAUAAAAAUAUAUAUGUUAUUUUUCUGAAAUCGUUAAU